GAAGAUGUCCAGGCAACUGGAGCAUGCGACCCCGACGAAGAUAUCCGGAAUACAUGAAGGGCUGAUUGAACGGAAACUGAGGAUUGCAGGACGAGUGCUUUCUUACGAUGCGAUCCAUGGGGUGGCCGUUCUCCUUGACUUCGAUGGGAAACAUACUAUCUCUGUCGAUAUCGGUUCUGCUCUGGACGAUCGGAGUAAGGAAUGGGUGAAUGAGCGACUCAGUACCGUUGUCGUUAUUGGCUACCUCGAGAAACCUCCGUCAGAGAUUCCUGAAUCGAGUCAGCUCCCCGUCGGCGUGGUGCCUCCCAGUAGGGCGAUACAACUUCGAGCACUGUUGGUGGUUCCAGCUGCAGACUUGGAUAUCAAGCUGUGGAAUAGGGUUGUGGACGACGUUCAGGGGCAGGAGGAGCAGAGCAGCUUGCAUGUCGCCGAUGUCGCCCCGGUCACCCCGGGUUAACCACUCAUUGAGUGGCCGCCUGAGCACUUGUGUCUUUCCUGACCUUCUUUUUCAAUCCUUGUCGCUAUGAAUGUUCUAUAUAUUCUGUUGUCUUGCA